AUGCUCAAGUCCAAGGUAUACGUAAAGAAGACGCGUAAGGGAGGAGUUAUGAAAGUAGUACGUGAACAUUACCUGAGAGAUGAUGUUUGGUGUGGGGCAAGCCACUGCAUGAACUGCGGACAGACAGAAGACAAUUUACUUGAUCCAUCACCGCAGAGCUCGUCAAAGCUGUGCAGCUUCCCACAUUAUUUAUUACUAGACACAAACAUUGUGUUACAUCAGGUUAGAAGUCUUUUUUAAUAGUAUACUAGACACAAAUAAUGUGUUACACCCCCGGGGUUACAUCAAGUUAGAAAUCUUUCUAGAAAAUGCAGUUGAACCUCCAUUACGCGGGCACCCUCUAUUUAGCGUCCAAAAAUCAAAGUCCUGUGAUAACAAAAUUCUGGAAAGGAUCUGUAAGUGAAAACUCUUUUCAAUAAACCUCCUCCUCCAUCAAGCCUUUUGGGCAUUCUGGUCAGAGUUCUAUCGUUUUGACCUCUAUUAAGUGGCCAUCAAGCGCUUGACACACUUAGUUUGGCUUUAUUUUUUAAGAUAUGAUGAAGGAAAAUACAUGCCAGUCUGAGAUAAAAGGGGACCGCUGAUUGUGGACCAAGUAAUGCCGCUCCCAUUGAGCAAUUUCAGAAAAUAUCUAUACGAUAACACAGACGGCUUACGUAUUUAAGCCCCCCUGGUCUUCGGAAUGUGUUAUCCCCCCAUGCCCUCAGAAUUCCAUAUCGUCAACCUUCUUCCUGUUUGGAUUUUCCAUUUUUUCUCCAAACCCUUCAGAUCAGAAUAUACAAACAGGGUUCACAAACACGUGUACGCCCAAUUUGGCUUAUUUUAUGCCAAAUUAUUUCAAACGACUCUCCUUCUGUUCAGUGCAGCUGGUAAUCAAGUGUAUUGUUACCACUGUUUAACAGAUGCAGCCUAUAUUAACUUUAUUUAUUAUUCAUUCAAAAUGUUUCCCCAAUUCUGAUUGGCUAAAAGCACCCGCAUAAUUCACCAUAACCAGUCACUGAUGACCAAAUUUGGAAGAAUUUCAUGUUUAAUGAGGAAAUGACGUCAAAAAUACAGCCUUCUACAGGUUCAUGCACUGUUAACCAAGAAGACCUGGGGACGAGGUUGAGUUGUUUUGGUUGUGAACUUGAAAAAUGGCGGACAUUUCACUCGUUUCAAGAGUAAGAACUAGGCGAAAAAAUAGCUAAAAACAUAGUAAGAACAGCAAGAAGACAACUCGAAGGGCGACAUCUGCUAAUUGGAGAAUAUUUGCGGAGCUGAACAACCCUUAACGUGCACUAUCGAAGAUGAACUUAACAUUGAUGGAUCGAUGGAGGUAAACAUGUUUAGCCAUGUUUUUAAACUAGGAAUUAUUUUGAAUGAAUAAUAAAACAAUUAUUGAAUUCGGCUUUCGUAUCAUAUGAAGAAUUAUGGAGAUCUCCGAGGGUGUUAUUCGCCUCGGCUGAUAACACCCUCCUCGAUCUCCAUAACUCUUCAUAAGAUACUCAGCCUCAUUCAUUAAUUGUUAAAUAUUUUCCCCAGACUGGUACGAAACAUUAAAAUAAGAAUAUCUUGUGAUGAACAGGUGCACAUUCGAAAGAUGGUAAGAUCAAAAGCACAAUCGAGUGGUUUUCAUUUCAGCCAUCUUGAAUUUGAGCCUUCUGGGCCAGCAGUUGCUCCCAAUCCUACUGGCUCCAAAAAUUAAAUGGCAUCCUCAGUCAAAAGACCAUGUUUCAAUCACACUUAAUGGACAAAAUAAUAUUUAUGAGACCAUUUGAUGAGAGAUAAAAGGAUGUCCAAUUAAUAGAGGUUCAGGUGUAUGUAUAUACAGUUGAACUUUCCUGCAAAGCCUCUGGUAUGAAGGUAAGUCAGGGCCAUUGCAAAGAGGCAGGGGUGUAAAUGUCAUCAAUUUUGGAAGGCAAAGAUGGCUAAUUUUUAGUUCAAAAAUGUUUAUUGCAGGAUAGUGAUAUGCUUGAUAUAAUCAAUAGCAGGUUACUGUCGGUUAUAUGUACGCGUGUAGACGUGAGGAAAAAACAUGUUCUAAUUGGGUGCAAACACGACAUGUUUUGCCGCCAAAUAUUCGAAGUCUGGAGUAGACGGCUGUUGUCAACUCGAUUUGUUUUUGCUCAGCAAAAUAUUCUUUUCAAGAAUUUUUAGACGUUAAGAAUAAUUUGUGGAAGCUAGUGUGCUGUUUCUGAGUGAGGAAUAUGCCUGAAAGUUGAGAAAAAUGAAAUAUGAGUGGAACACCCUGGUCAAAAGCAUUUAAACAACAGUACUUACCUUUGGUGUGACAGUUUGCUUUAACGGCUGUCAAACUUCUAAUGUCUGGCGGCAAAACUCGUCAUGUCUGGCACCCUAUUAGAACAUGUUUUUUUGUCUUGCGUUCACUCUUAGAUGCAACCGACAGUAGAUAUAGUAUAAAGUAGAUUAGUUUGCAUGUUGCAUCAUAUAGCCACUGAUGAAAUUGACACAGUCCAUUUUAAGUGGCUGCUGAUUUUCUUGCUAUUAAACUGAGAUAUCCAUGAACUCCUGAAACAUGAGGACUCAUGAGCAAACCACAUAACCAUAAACUAAUUAUCAACUUUUUUAUUGUUGUUUUUAAUACUUGCUGUUUAGUGUCCUCACAGGUCUGAUUUGCUUGUAAGACAAUAAAAUUUUCCAGAAAUAUUCCCAGUAUUCAGAGUUAUCAGAGAUUCACAGUGAGAGAGGUUCUUUUGAAAUAAGCAAAUUUAUCAACAACAGUACAGUACAUCAGUUGAUCCCAUGAACCUACAUUCUUGUCCUGGCAGAGCUACAGUACAAACUUGCCUUUACAUUUGAGGCUAUAGCAAGAGUGAGUGUAAGUUUGAAUUCUCAAACAGGACAAGAAUGUAGGUGCAACUGAUGUACAUGUACUAUAUACUGUAGCUGAUAAAAUUAAUUUGCUCGUUUCACAGCUAGAAAUGUGCCUGGUUUUGUGCUUUCUCUUGGACUGAGUUGUUAGGGAGUUUAAGAUACCAUGAUGCCGACAGCCACAAAAACGUCACUUAAAAAGUGAAUUUGCAUACUUUCAAUCUCUAUUGCGAUUCCCCCGACUGAUUUACUUUGUCAAAUGCAAGCAAACUCUUUUUGAGCCGAAUUCCUAAGAACCAUAUUCAAGUUCAGAAAGAGAAAGAAAAUUUAGCCGUUGCUUGUUUAUGUCCUCUGUAAAGUGUGACAGUAGGCAUUUUCCUGUUGUAGUCGUGCAGUGACAGCAAAGAAAUGUACCAAAAAGCGUGAUGCACAUGCAGAGUUGUUGUUUUGCCUAUUCAACCUAUUUCUUUUUUUGACGUUUUCGUUGUCGUCGUCAUCACAACAUCUUAAAGUCCCUAUUCCAGCUGAAUUAAUUUUUUGUUGAUGGUUUUGUUAUCUGGGAAGCCCAGAGUGACAAAGUCUGUAUAAGCUUUUUAUUUUUAGCAGUCUACAAACCCAAAAAGUGUAGACUGUAAGUAAUAAAACAAAACAACCCCAAAGUUAAAAGGAUCAAAAGUGCUCAUGUGUUAUUCCCUCAAUAAAAUCCAGUUCUCCUCAGAGAAGUUCAAAGGAUACUGGUAAUGGGACUUUCUUGACUGGUAAAUUAGGGAUAUGAAAGAUGUGAUAAUUAGAUCGCAUUGCGUAGAAGAUAAUAUAUUUGAAUGCUGUUUUGUGCCCAAUAUAUAAUUAUUAUUAUUAUUAUUAUUAUUUAUUAUUAUAAUUACUGUACCAUGCUUCAAGUGUCUCCGUGUUGGCACCUCUGUGUAGGUGCCUCCGUGUUGGUGGGAUACUGCCAAGCCAAGCCAGCGGUGCAUCAACACUGACCCAACCAUGGAACAUGGAGCUUAAAACUCUUUAUUCAACACAGCGUCUAAGGAUGUUUACUGGAAUGACUCUUUGAAUUGAACUGGUUACCCUGAUUUAAAAUAUAGUGUCCAGUCAAUGACUGAAAGUUUUGGUAAAAGAUGAUGUUGGUGAAAUCUGUUUUAGACUUAGUCUCCCCGUAGACGUCCUUUGGGGUUCGUCUGUGGGGAGGCUAUUCUAGACUAUGAUGUAAUGGUAUAUUUUUGUCUUGUUUACUAGGUAGAUGUUCUUGAGGAUCCCAUCUUCAAAAAUGUAAUAAUAUUACAGACUGUUUUACAAGAAGUUCAGCAUCUCAAUGCCUCAGUUUACAAAAGAAUAAGAGAUAUUAUAUCUAACAAGGAAAGAAAGUUCUAUGUGUUUUCAAAUGAACAUCACAGGUUAGUAGGUAUUAUAGCCGUACAUUGUAGCUACAUGUGAAAGCUUGACCCAAUUAUCUUUCUCAUGCCCAGUUAUUUUAGAUGGUAGUAGUUUAUAAAAACAUUGUCCAUGAUAAAGCGUUUACCAUGUGUUUUAUAAGGAAAUUUAAGAGGAAAUGUUUGAAUUUGUUAACCGAUAGUAAGGAAAAGAGGUGAGUGUUGUUGUUGUUGUUGUUGUUGUUGUCAUCUCCGCGAGCUGUGCGGACUAUGGCGUGAGAUCAUUCUUUGCAAAGUUGUUUUCUCUUAAUAACAAUUUUUUGGUGAAUUAAUAGUUUUCCCGCACCUAAAUAUGGAUUUUACAAUCAUUUUAGGGUGCACUUCUCUCAGUUUCAGGAUGAAAACAUAAGCGUAACUGUGAGGAAAAAAAAUAUACUCACGUAAACAUUGAUGCGCACUGCUUUGAGCGCACCCUACAAUAAUAAAAUUUUAAGUUAACUGAUGCAUUGAUCGCUUUGAUAAUGUUAUAAAACAAUAAUAGUUCAUGCUGCAGCUGUACGUAUGUCGAGAUAUUGGUGUGACUUUGGACCUUGGUGUGACUUUGGAUUCUAAUUUAACUUACGAUGAACAUAUAAUUAAAACCGCUUCCUCGUGCAUGUCCCGCCUUGGCCAGAUAAACCGUGUCAAGCAUGUCUUCGACAAACGUACACUUUUGAUGAUUAUUAAUUCCUUAGUUUUUAGCAGGUUAUUUUAUUGCUCCAAUGUUUGGUCAAAUACCUCAAAUUGUAAUGUCAACAAGUUACAGGCAGUGCAGAACUUCGCAUGCCGCAUUGUUAGCGGCGCGCGUAAAUUUGACCAUGUUACACCAAUUCGCAAGGAGCUAAAUUGGCUUUCAGUUCCCAGUCAGCUUUAUUACUGGAACGCUACAAUGGCUUUUAAAUGUAUGACCAGUCAAGCCCCUGAAUACCUUACAUCAAAAUUCAUAAAGCGAGCAGAGGUUAGCCGACGUAGCACCAGAAAUUCACAGCUUUUACAAAUUCCCUUUUUUAGAACAGCUGCCGGUCAGAGAACAUUUUUCUAUAGAACUGUGAACUUAUGGAACUCCUUAGACAAUUCCUUUAAACUGUGUAACUCGAUUGAUGUUUUUAAAACUCGUUUACGUACUAAAUUACUUAAAGAAUUGUAAUUUUAUAUAUAUUUUAAAACAUUUUUUAAUUGUAAAUAGGAUCAUGUAUUGUCUUUGAAAAGCCCCUUGGGAAAGUCAAUAAAGUAUGUAUGUAUGUAUGUAUGUAUAUUGAGCACUUGGGAAGAGGCUAGAGUUGCACUCGGCUGCGCCUGGUGCAACUCUUAUGCCUCUUUCGUGCUCUCCAAACUUCCCGCGUGCUCAAUAUCUCGACAUACGCACGCUGACGCAUGAACUAAUUGUUGAUUACACUGACGAGAUCCCUAUUGCUACCUUUUCAUAUACCUUAAGGCGGAAAGAGGUUAGUGGAUGAGGAAAAUAUAGUGAAUCUUUAAGCUCUUACCUAGUCUUUUAUAUAAAUUUCUAUACAUAUGUUACAGGUCAAAAUUAAAUUCAGGUUAAAAUUUUUUAACCUAGGUUGAUUCUGAAUUUCCUUUGUCUAGUAGCCGUAAUUCAUGAAUAAAUAGGGCUAGGAGACAAAGGAAAUUCAGAAUCAACCUAGGUAAAAAAACUUUAACCUGAAUUUGAUUUUGAUCUUUAACACAUAUUUGCCCUGGGGCCAGGGCGGGGGGGGGGGGGUUACUCCAGAUUUCAAGUGAUGGGGAUGAUCGAAUGGAGACAAAAAUCAAAACUCCAAAAAAUCGCUAGACCAAAAAUUAUCCGCCAAAAAUCUCCAUGCCAAAUUUCCAAGUCUUAAAACUGUCCUGAAAGCAUUAACUGAUGUAACACAAAAUAAUCAUGUCAUGCCUCUUCGCUGUCAUUCACAUUGCAAAUUUUACACUUACUAACUGACUGGGAUACACGGGCACUAGCACGAAUCUUCAGAUUGUUUUGAAUACUCCCAAAAAAUCCCUACUUAAACCAAGCCACCAAAAAAAAAUCCUGGAAUGAACAUUUUAAACCCAAAAAAAUCGUUUGAUCAUGCAUCCCCAUCACUUAAAAUCCAAAGUACCUCCCCCCUGGGCAUAUUAAUUUGAGUAUGUCAUGAUUGCUUGAAGUUUGCUGUUGUUUUUAGUAUGGUAGCAGUAUGUUUAAUAUAUAGAUAUUGAGGAUAAAACAAGCAAAAUGACAACAUGAACCUCAAAGCAUGUAUAUGAUUGGUGAUGCCUUCAAUGCAGUUUUUGUACUCUUUAUCCCACUCAUUUACAGAGAAACCUACAUAGAGAGAAGAAAAGAUGAAUCGGCAAAUGACAGAAAUGAUCGAGCAAUAAGGACUGCAGCGAGGUGGGUUGUACGUAGCUACUGCAAUAAAUUAACUUCUAUUGGAGAAAAGAGAGCAGCAUCCUUGAGAUGCGAUGGUAUUGUAAUUAUGAUUUAUAUUCUGUUGGGUGCCAGUUGAUUUCCUUUGACUGACCUCACUGUUGUUUAAGAACUGAGUGUCUUAGUGAUGUAUUUUAUAGAGAAAGUUAGGUUGUACAUAUAGCUUCUAAUUUUGGGCUUUGAUUUGAACAAAAUUGAGCAAAAAGCAAAUAUGGUUAUUUACAAUAUUUUUGGUUGUGGUCUGGGGUAAGGACUCCAUUAUGAAAGGGACGGUGUAGUUGUUCAUCCUAUUUAAGGGUGUUAAUAAAUUAUUUCAGAGUUUGGCAUUGCUGUGGGUGUUCAGCAGGGAAGGUCAUCAUUUUGAGCCAUACAGGUAUUUCUCAACACCUUAUGCAUGAAGAAAUGAAGAACAGGAGAGAAAGAAGAUAAGAAAAAAAGAAAGCAUUCAAUAAAAACUCUGAAUUUGGAUGUCUGUUGUAGAAUCAUUUUUAUGGUAUUUAAAUUCAGAGUAAAAUAAAUCUCAAACCAUGUCCAGGCCCUUAACAUUGAGAUUCUUCUAUGUACUUGCAAGACUCAUUCAAGGUGUUGCAGUUGUAAAAAGUUGAACUUAAGUGACACUGAUACAUGUUUCCAUUUAUGUGUUUAUUUUUAUUUGAAUUCAUGCUAUUCUUUCAGUUGGUAUGAUGAACACCUGAAGGAAUGUGAAGGGGGAAAUGAUGAGGAAUCAAGAAUAAGAAUUGUUCUUCUCACUGAUGACAAGAAAAAUAACGAGAAAGCUAAAUUGGAGGGAAUCAUAAGCUAUACAGGUAGAUACAUGUGUAUAUUUGGUGUGCUGUUUAAACAUGUUCUUGAAAUAAUUAUUGGUAUUUGAUUUUGUAAUUUUGCAGUGGGCUGUUUUUCAGUAAAUUAAUGUUAGUACAUGUAAGAGCCAGAGAGUUAAUUUGCAGGUUUGUGGGUUUCGGGUGAAACCAAAGGUCUUGUAACUCGAACCCUGACAUAGAUUUUGCACCUUGCAUGGCACCCAAAUUAACUAGCCUGUGUACAUACCGUAGCAGGCACCAGUUAAUUUUUUGUAAAGUCCACGAGAUGGGAAUGCAUGAAGAGAGAGGAGGCCACCUCAGUCACCUUUCCUUCCUUCCCACGCAUGCAUCCUCAAGAAUUCUCCCUUCACUUUAAAAAAAUAAUAAUAAUGCAUGCAUGCUUAGUUAAUAAUGCAUAUAUUGUUUUAUCAGCUCAGGAGUAUGUUGAAAACCUCGAAGGAUGUGAGGCAUUAGCGGAUAGACUGGCCCGUCCCUCCCAGACUGGACAGGAGGAGGUAUGUCAUAUAGCUUUAAAAUUCUUCUAAACCACCAAGUUUCUUUUGUGGCAAUUUGACAAGGUUUAUUUCAACCCUAACCCUGAACAUGUAGCUUAGUAAUGGUAAUGAUUACCUUUUGUUAAAAUUAUUAACCUGUCUUGACUGUUUCCUUUUUAUUGUUUUGCUGACCUUAAAAGCAAUACAAAGUUUGUUUUUAGAUUGAGAGGGAUAAUUGGGUAACCAUAAUUAUGUUUGAUGGAGGAUCAAAGCUUAGCUAAUAAAAUCUUCUACUUUUAUGUUAUUGAAAAGCCAGUUGCUUGGUAAGACAUUUUUUUAUAACAAGAAAAAUUAGAAGUACAAUGAUGUUAACCAUUUCAAUGUUUAAUGUCAAAGUUGUUAAAAGAGUUGUGAUGUGAUUUUCAUUCUCAAUAAUGAUGUUGUACAUGUAUACAUCAAAGCGUCAAAUAACGUUUAUAUUAAGUUUAUAAUUCUUAUUUUUCUUGCUUCUAUGUUGUUUUUUUUUCUUUAGUCUGAUGGCAAGAAAACUAGGAAGCUGGUGUACCCUGAGCAUCUUCCAUUAACAAAAAUACAGGCUGGACUCAAAAGUGGCAGGUACUUGCAGGUACAAUUUACCAUGAGCAACAGCUGUUUGAUUGAUAGGAACUUUUGAUACUGGGGUAAAGGUGUUUUGAUACAGGUUUCUGGAGACCAUGCUCUGACAUUUUUCAAUCACAUAAUAGAAAAUGGCCUUCCCCAUGUCAGAUCGACAUUAAAAAAACUUCACUACUAAGUGUUUUUUGGAUGGAAGAUUGGCUGCAAGAUACAGUUUGUGGCAAACUUAAUAAAUUAUUACCAUGACAUAAUCAGCAAGAAAGUUUGAAAUCAGUGAAAGCAAAAUUUUUUCUACCUUUUAGACCUUCCAUUGAAAAUUUGAGACAUGUUUCAAAAACUUGUCAAAAUAAUUAGUUAUUAAAACACUUUUUUGUCUAUUAUUACUUGACAAAAUUAAUUUUUGGACAUGUACAAUUUUAUUUUCAUCUCUUGACAAAAUUUCAACCCUGUCAGAGCUCUGUAGCAUCACUGUAACAGGGUUGUAAAAUUAAUCUGUAACAACCCUGUUACAGCUCGUCAUUUGGCACAGUUAGCAAGGCUGUUUCUACACUGUAGCAGCCUUGGAACAGCCUUGUCACGUUUUACUCAAAAUUUCUUAUUAGACACCUUGUAACAGCCAUGUUACAACCCUGUUUCCACCCUGUGAUGGACAUCCCUACCACAGCUCAUAAACUGGCACUGUUAGCAAGGCUGGUUUUACACUAUGGCAUUCUGUUAACAGCCAUGGUACAGGUUUUAUGCAUCACAACCCUGUUACAACUUGUUAAUUGGCAGGUAACAAUUGGUCUAAUUUUUCGUUUUGUUUCUUCUUUUUAUAAAGGGUUCUUUUCACAGAAGUAGGUAAGUCCAUGAUUAUCCAUUCAACUCAAAAACUGUAAGACAGACACCUCUGGGACCAACACUGUGUCCAUCUUAGAGAGAUGUCUGUCUUUAAAAAAGACAACUAAAAGGAGGAAAGAAAGGCCGGCAUCGUCCAUAGAUGUCCAUUCUAGUGAGAGAUGCCCAUCUUAAUGACGUGUCCAUCAAAAGAGAGGUGACUGCGCGAUGUACACUAAAUAGAUAAGUCAAAUCGGGGGAGUUGAAAUACCAUUCUAGACUAAGCACCAAAAACCACCCAUACCCACAUCCAGUAGACUAUUAUUAUCAUUAACCUGAAACUCUAAUCUUUAAACAACUAAUCUGAGUUUUCCGUAGAAUUAACAAAUACCUAAAUUCUAGAUGAAAACCCUUCUUUCCACAAUAGGGCAUAGCUUUAUGGCCCAACCUAGUGAAAGGGCCCCCAGAAACCUUGGCCAGUAAAACCAGGUGAAUGGUAUAUUAAGAAUAUUAAAUAAAGUGGAGUGUAUUUGACUGCUGGAGCGUGGUGGUCAAAACAUGAGUAUUUAAGGUGGCUCUGAACCUCUUCCCAAGAAUGAUAAUUUAUUGUAACGCGGCUUAUCCCUAUUCCAAGGACAUUCCAAGCUCAUUGUUGAGUGGUCAGUGCUCAGAAGGCUUGAUCAGAAAUGCUGCAUUGUCUCAAAAAUUUUUGGUAUAUAAUUUGGAAUUGUGAAUGUGGUCCUACACAUGUUCUUGUAAUGACCUUAAUUCUUACAUGUGAGACCCUUGUCUUUAUAUUUUUAUUAUUAGUUAAGGAACCUUGAAGAUUUUGUGCAUUCAAUCUCUAGGGAAAACUACACAGAGGCUUAUGUGUUUGUUCAUGAUGGAGAUAAACAGGUACAACUACCCCAGCAAGUUGCCAUUAUUUAGAAAACCAUUUUUUAGCCCAAACGAACCUCAGAACCAUUUGUUGUGGUUCCAGUUUGGCCUUGGUUCAAUAUAAAUUUAUCUUCCUUUGUUUUAAAGUUUUUAUGCAUUAAUUUUCCAUAUCCAAAACAAAGGAAAAGUAACAUUCUCAACCUAGGAUGUAAUAAACAACAUAAAAAUCAUGCUGGCAUCCAUUUGUUGUUAGACUUAUUCACAUCAGCAAUGUCAUAUUAAGGUGAAGUAAUUACAUUGUUUUUACAUCAUUCACUUUUUUAGUGGCCACUGUGAAGAAGUUAUUCUGACAGUAGCGACACAAUUAACUGGCUGCUUUCAAGAGAUGACUAUUACAAAGUAGUAAAAAAAGAGUGAAUGAUUGUACAGUUUGUCUGCUUGGGGAAAAAAAUGGAAAGUACACAGAUGGUGGUGUUACUGAGAGUUGACCAUUAGUAGAGGCUCAACUUUAUUGUAUUUUAUGGCUGUUAACAAUGUUUUCUUUUAGUCCUUUUGUUUUAUAAUGGGAAAUUUUUUAAGCUACGCCGUACUUGUACAACUUCUUUGUCAUUGAGUCCUGGCAGACAGCUAAAAAGUCUAAAUACCGGCUACUACUAAUUUUGAGUCACUUACAGUGGAAAAAGUCCAGUGCAAUGCUGUUGCACGCCGUCUUGUUUUACUUCCUGACUGUUUAAUCCUGAUGAAAAGCUUUCUACAAGAAAAAAGCUAAAAAAUAAAGUGUAGUUCUCCACUUGACAAAGUUGUCUUUAUCCUCUCCUUAACAGGUCUUUGUUCAAGGUUUGGUCAACCUUAACCGUGCUGUCCAUGAAGAUAUCGUUGCUGUGGAUAUAUUACCAAAGAAUCAGUGGUCCUGUCCAUCAUCUGUCGUCACUACAUCAGCAUCAACUGAAAAUGUUGACGAUGAUGAUGAUGGUGAUGAUGAGAGUACAAAUGGUGGUGAUGGCAAUGACCUUAACAAAGUAUAUAAUAUGGUUACUGUUGAACAGAUUUUGCUAGCCUUGUGAAAAACCCAUCCUCGGAGACUCAGGGGCGGUCAGUCGGGCCGGGAGAAAAGGCGCGACAAACGUUUCCAAGCACAGGCGGAAAAGCCACUGGGUACCGACUCUCACCAGACCAUUUCCAAACGGUCAAGCGAAUGCUUGCUCCUGAUUGGGCAAAAAAAAUGCUUUGUAUUAUUGUGCCCAAUCGGCAAACAGCAUCUCCUGAGUUCUUUUCGUGAGUUCGUACACGACGGCUAUUGACUCGAUCAAGGCUUGUCUGGCUCAUGCACCAAAGAAAUGCGCGCAGUCAGGAAUCUUUCAGUUUGAUAUAAACGCUACAAAUCAAAAUACUGGUAGUCUUUACACUAGAGCCUAAAUAAGCUAACAAAUAUUUCAAGACAAGUAAAUUUUAAAUUCUUCAAGUAAAAGAAAGCUUCACACACAACCUAUCUUUUUUACUUCAGGUUUUCUCACGCAACGUAAUUAAGAUUGAUUGACAUGCUUCGCCUUUCUCAAAGCUUGGAAAUCGCAAGUUCGCUAAGUCGGUUUUAAGGUUGGUUUUCAAGUCACUUGAAACUUUCUUGAAUCGUUUCAACUUUCCGACUUUAAUGAGAUGCAAAGUAAAGUUACUUGAGAUUUUGCUUAGGCCUUCUCACACGGAUUUUUCGUUAAGUAAAACUUAGCAGCUCUUAAGUCUUACUUAACAGCCUAGUGUAAAGACAACCACUGUCUACUAGAAAACCAAAGACGCUUUUCCAAAAAUACAAGCUUGAGUUUACAACAGGUCUUCAAGCUUGCAUCGAUCACGCCUUCGUAAAUAUUAGGGAGUUUAAUAUGCCACGACAGCUGACAACCACGAAAACGUCGUAUGAAGAGUGAACUCACAUUUUUUCAGUCUCUAUCGUGAUUGUUCCAACUCACUUACUUUGUCAAAUGCAAACGAACUCUUUUGGAGCUGAAUUUCUAUCAACUAUAUCCAAGUUCAUAAAGAGAAAGAAAAUUUUGUCAUCGCUUGUUUACGUCCUUCACAAAACGUGAAAUUAUGCAUCUUCACGUGGUAGUCGUGCAGUGACGGCAAAGAAAUAUACAAAAAAGUAUGAUGCACGUGCAAAGUUGUUGUUUUGCCUUGUCAAGCUAUUGCUUUUUUACUUUCUCGUCGCCGCUUCAUCUUAAACUUCCUAUUAUUUACGAUACAUUGUGAUCCGUUAGAAACAGCAUUUUCUCAUUGC